GUCUUCUCUUCCACCUUUGUCCGUUGUCUCUAGGCAAGUCUACACCCGCCGGUCUCCUGCUCUUCAGAUCUGCCCAUCCUCCAUGGCACCUCCACCGCACCGCCACCUGCUGCUGCUCCUCCUUCUACUCCCUCUGGUCCUCCUCGCCGGCACACCCGCCAGCGCCGAUGACCUUGUAUCGGAGCUCCAAUCUCUCCGCGCGCGGUCCCCGUCCGGCGUGAUCCACCUCACCGACACCUCCGUCACCCGUUUCCUCUCCGCCCCCUCCGCGCGCCGCCCCUACUCCGUGCUCGUAUUCUUCGACGCCGCUUCGCUCCACUCAAAGCCUGACCUCCACCUGCCCCAGCUCCGCACCGAGUUCGCGCUCCUCUCCGCCUCCUUCCUCGCUCACAACCCCGAUUCCGGCGACCUCUUCUUCGCCGACAUCGAGUUCGCCGAGUCGCAGCACUCCUUUCACCAGUUUGGUGUCAACUCGCUGCCCCAUAUCCGCCUCAUCCGUUCCGAUCACGCCACCCUGUCGGGAUCCGAGCAGAUGGACCAGUCCCACUUCGCGCGCCUCGCCGACUCCAUGGCCGAGUUUAUCGAGUCCCGCACGGGCCUCGAGGUCGGGCCCAUCGUACGCCCGCCGCUCCUCUCCCGCAACCAGAUCAUCCUGCUCGGCAUCCUCUUCCUUAUCUCCAUCCCCUUCAUGAUCAAGAGGAUUAUCGAUGGGGAGACCCUGCUGCAUGACCCCCGGGUCUGGAUGGCUGGGGCGCUCUUCGUCUAUUUCUUCAGCGUCUCGGGGGGCAUGUAUGGGAUUAUCAGGCACACGCCCAUGUUCCUCACCGACCGCGCGGAUCCCAACAAGCUCGUGUUCUUCUACCAGGGGUCAGGGAUGCAGUUGGGGGCUGAGGGGUUUACUGUCGGGUUCUUGUACACACUCGUGGGUCUCAUGAUCGCUGUGGUGACACACUUGUUGGUGAAGGUGGAGAGCCUGCAGACACAGCGCCUUGCGAUGCUCGCUGUCAUGGUGGUCGGGUGGUGGGCUGUUAGGAAGGUGAUCUACUUAGAUAACUGGAAGACUGGCUAUAGCAUUCAUACCUUCUUCCCGAGCAGCUGGAGGUGAAAUUCUUGCUGGGUGGGGUGGAUGCUUCUCUCCUUUGGUCUCAGAGGGGACCAAGUCCGCCCAAAUUUGCAUUGCUGGAAUAGAGCAUCGCGUUGUGAUGGCAUGCCGAAAGUUUAAGGUUGCAGUUUCUCCGCUGCUGCUCUAGUAUGAAAUAGAGAGAGAACUCGAAGUUAUUUUAGCUGAAUUUGCAAUUCUGUUACUCAACAAGAAAGAGUCCCAAUUUUGAACUUCUAUAUGUGAUGGUACUGCUAAUUGGUUCAACGACAAUGGUAGUAAAUUUUAGUU